CUGAUUACGUCACUCUCGGGAGACGGUUAUCAUGUAGCUAAACGGUUAUCAUGUAGCUAAACAUCGUUGCUAACAUGGUUAGCUGUGUUAUCAGAAGCAGCGCAGUGUUCUGAGAGUGACAAUGAUUUCAGUCAGCUAUAUUCUGCUGUGCGGACAGUUUCUACUGCUGCUGACGGUCAUACUGCUACAAUGUCUGGAAGGAAUCCACUCCCAGAACUCGUCGACAACGGAGACUCCUGCCUCCUCUCCGGGUCAGGCAGCUACCGCCCUCCCCUCCAGCGAGCAGCCGGAGGUCAUCAAAUAUGAACCGAUGGAUAGUUCAAACUACACGCUCUAUGAGUACAGACCUCCGUCCCCGGUGGUCCUCUGCAGCUUUCUACCCGAGGAGUUCAUCUACUGUCAGGACCCUGUGGACCAUGCAGGAAACUACACCGCCUAUCAGGAGCUGGGCCACGGCUGCGUUGGGUGGGGUGGCCAGACUCAGAAAGAGGUGAACCACACACAGGUCAUCUGCACGGCGCUGGAUGAUAUAGAAUGUGCUGGACAUAGAGAAUUCCUCAGCAGAGGAAGUGUUCCCUGCAUCAAAUAUACGGGACACUACUUCAUCACCACACUGCUGUACUCCUUCUUCCUCGGCUGUUUCGGGGUCGAUCGUUUCUGCCUGGGCCACACCGGCACCGCAGUGGGGAAGCUGCUCACCUUAGGAGGCCUGGGAAUCUGGUGGUUUGUGGACCUGAUCCUGCUCAUCACUGGCGGCCUGAUGCCCAGCGAUUACAGCAACUGGUGUACGUACUACUGAGACUCUGGACACUUCCUGGUCCAACAUGUAUGUGUGUUCUGGAGGAGUCCAGUGAUGUGGCUGCACUGGUUCUGACUGGCAUUGAGUGGAGUCCAGAGACCUCCUGAGGGCCCUGACAGAUUUCCCAGAAGCUCCUGUGGGCUCCUAAAGGGUUCCCAAGGGCUUGAGAGAAAAAUGAGAAAUGAUUUGCUGCAUUUAAUUUAAUUCACUUGAAUUUUCCACUUUUCAGGAUGCAUAAGAAUGACUGUUGGACUCCCAGCUUCCACCAGAGCAGUGGCCAUGACGGUUCUUCUUCUGUCUGAUAAAUGUUCAUUUUGACGUUUCUAGUUUGAUUCGCUUGAUCGGAAUUCUGAAGAACCAGUGCAUUAUUGCCUUUAGUAGUCACAUUGUAUUAUUUACAGAUUAUUACAAAACAAAGCAGGAGUUCUACACAGAAGUCACAUGACUGACGGUAACGCAGUGAUUGUUGUGAGCAACGCUGUCCAGCAUCAUUUAAACCUCGAGGACCAGCGCUGGGGGAAGAAAUCGGAGAAAUGAUUUGUAUGUUUACUGUGUAGUUGCUGUGUUUUACCUGCUUUCUAAGAACAUCUGAGGUGGGACACAGCUCACCUCUGUUCUGUGGAAAUUCAUGCAUGUUUGACUGUUGUUACUGAAUGACUCCCAUACAUUGCUUCCUCGGUCACUGUGCUUUUCUGCCGUCUUUCACAUCACAAACUAACUGCAGCAGAACCAUUUAGAAAUGGACUUUAAAUGGACUUCAGUCUAGAGGAUGCCUCUACAGCUGACAUGUUUGGGGAGUUGUUUGGCGUGGUGUUCCAGCUGCUGCAGGCUGAGACUAAAACAAAAAGCUGUGGAAGUUAGAGAAGUCAUGUCAGACAAUGAGUAAGUUUCAGUUUGAGAGACGAAUGUGCAGGUGAAGAGACCUGACAGACUUUGACAAGAAUAAAAUGAUUAUAGGUUAGAGCUUCUCUGUAACAGCUGGGAUUGUGAGGUGUGAAGAGGAACAGCAUCAUCAACCAGUGACACGGUGUUUAAGGGAUGCACUGCUGCAGGUUUAUCCCUCAGAGAGAUAAACCUCUGAAGGAGCCUGUGUGAUCGGGUUGAGUCCAGGUUCAGCGGGUCUAAGGACAAAACUGGAACAGAACAGAAUGUGGUUUUAAUGUUUUGGCUCAUUGGUCUGUUGGCUCUGUUUAAAGCAUUUUCAAAACGUUAUUUUAUUUCUAUAAAAUAUGAAACUUUAUUUCAACAGCUCCUUUCAUAGAAGUAAUUAACAAAAUAAACACAAAUUCAAGGUAAAACAUUGAGCAUCAUGAGUAAAAUUUAAGAAAUACAGGCGUAGAAUGAGUUAAAUUAUCAGUUAUUGAUUGUAGUGAUAAUAAUAUAGAACAAGAUAAAGGCAGAAAAUUAAUAAUAUGAAACCUAAAGCAUUAAACUUUAAUUAGCUUUUUAAAAGAUAAGUGAUUUAAAUGACUCUGCAGCAUGGCAGAUCACCAGGUAACCACGGUAACAGAAAGUGAAAGGAGCGUUGGUGACCUUGUUUUGUAAUCCUGUGGAUUUAGUGAGUAAAACAAAUUAAGCAGCGACUGACAGUAGUUCUCUGUCCUUGAUGUAUUCCUCCUGGUCAGCUUCUACACUCCUAAUGAUGGAGGAUAGAAAACUACAGUAACACUCCAAAUGCAUACAAAAACUACAGAAUGUUCAGUCAUGUGCUGAAGGACGGAGGAAACGGGCCACAAACUUAUAGUUGGACUGAAGUGCGAAAGGCCUCGGCAUAAAAAGCCAUCGUUUGGCCCCUAAUGACCCCCACAGUCCCACUGUCCAUAACAGUUCAAUGUUUUCACCCAGAAACCAACAAGGACUCUACAGCUGAAGAGAUUAAAGCACAAAGGCCAACCACUCAACAUCAUUUGUGUCUGAAAGGAUCAGUGAAGCUUGUAUUAACUGAAGUGGUGGUGAUUAAAUGUGAGAGCUUUGAGCCCUGGGGUUCUGGGUCCUCUAGGUUUACCUGGUCAGGUGGUUCCAGCUCUGCACAAUGCUAAGGUCCCUGUCAGUUCAUGUGGUUCAUGCUCAGUGCUCUCGGUUGGUUUAAAGCCAGAGUGAAUGCUACCAGAUCAGGACAAACAUCAGUCAGUUUUUUUCCUUGGUUCAGAGUGAGGAAUCUAAAAUCUGUUGGUAAUGUGUGGUUUCCACAUCUGUAUGUUCACAUGGAUGUUCAGUUCACCAUCUGUGUCCAUGAAGCUCAUCAGAUUCUACAGACGGCGUGCACAGAAUGCACGUCACACUCUGAAUGUAUCCCAUAAUGACUGCACUGUAUUCCACCUGCUGUUGUUGAGCAUUACACUCCUGAUUUCUCAUUUAGUCUUUUUCUUGUUUUCCUGCCAAACGUUAACCGAAGCAGCCCUUCAUUCUGCUGUCAGAGUUUGUCGUGUUGUUUUUUUAGUCUGCAUGUGUGGAACCUGUGUUGGUAUGUUCUGCAGCACAUGUGAGUCUGCAGCUGUCCUUGGGCACAAACAUGGAAGUGGAAACCAUGAACUGGUCUGUACAACGUGUUCCUGAAGUGCAAAUGUUAGCAUGUCAGGAGUCUGUAGCCCCAGGGUGGGAGUUAGGCUCGUCUCCUGGACGGUUUGUAGAUGAAUGUCUGCAGGAAAAUAUCAGAAAAUGCAGUUCAGUCUGGAUGUACAUGUGAAUCUACAUUUUAUGCAGCUCAUUCACAGUUCAGCACAUCUGGGGUUUAGCUGACCAGUUACAACCCUGAGCAGUGAUCUUAGAGAUGUUCUGUAGUUCGCUCACCUCUUCUACUUUCUUCCGCUUCCAGCUGUGCUUAGACUGAUUAACACUGCAGCAUGCAGGAACACGAGGCUGAAGAUGGAGAGCAGUCACAUUUGUCACAUUGACGAGACGAUGAUUUAGUGGUUUUCUGUAUUGAGUCGACAAACGCUUUAAGACGGAGCAAGCAGCACAUUCCUUCACUUUCUAAAAGCCCACAAAUCACUGCUGUGGGAGCAUUCACCUCCUCUACGUUCAGCUGCAGAGCCCCAUCCAUUCAGAUGGCUCAAGCUAAAGCUAAUUCUGAUCUUCACUGAGUUUCUACAGCGAGGCUCAGGUCUCACAUUAAAUAUUCAAAUCUUCAUCUUCCACUUUGUCAAAUUUCUCGUCUUUCCCUGAACUUGAGGUUUCUGUGCUUUUUCAUUGAUAGAGCAGCUUUCAUUACCUAAGGAUCAGUAAAACCCUUUUUAACUCUCAUCAUAAAAGUUGAAGACCCGACCGUCAACGUGUCAACUCUUCUUAUCAGCAGGAUGCUUUCAGCAGGCAGCAUAUUUUCAGCUGGCUAACACCUUUUCUAGAGUGAAGCAUUAGAGCACUAUUUACAUAUUGCUGCAGUUUUCCACCUAAUUCACAGUACGGCAGGUUAUAUGCUCUAACAAUCCAGUGGGAAGACGUGAACACAGUUUCUCCAGCUAUCUGAUCUUUCCUUAAAUCUGAUUCAAAAAUCCAAAUCUAUCUCUCCACAUUGGUACAGACACAUGCUGGGCUCAUGCCUGUUUGAAAUCUUGGAUGUUCUGGAGCCUCCUGCCUUGUAAGAUACUGUAUAUAAUAUUGAUCAUCUGUGGAAUCCUUUGUAUUCUUUGACUUUAAUCCACUGUACUGUUUAUCUAUUUCUCUGUUUCAUGCUUAGUGGGGAUAUUGGGGGGGGGGGGGCAUUCUUACCUGAAGUUUCCUUUAUGAGCUCAACUAGCAUGUGUCUCCUGAAUCACAGUAGAAACAACCUUUCCAUGCUCUUUAGCUUCUUGAUUAAUGUGCUGAUGCUGAUGAUGGUGAGGAUUACUCCAAACUGUCUCUUUUCAUGUCUCACUGUUCACAGCCCUUCUGACUCAAUAAAGAGAAUCUGGUA